AUGCGUCUCAGCUCUGGAUUCGAUGAAGUUGAUGGUGUGAACGUCGACACCUUUCUCGUAAUAGCCAUCUGCUGGCUCGCGGGCUUCCUCGCAGUCAGCAAAGGCAUCAGAAGCUACGCCAAGGUGGCAACGUUCACUGCAUGCGCCUCGUACGUCCUGAUGUUCAUGCUGUUCUUGGCGAGCGUGGUGCAACGUGGGUCGUUGCGGGGCUUGAACGCAUACUUCCGCAUGGAGUGGGGAAAGCUCGGAGAACUCAAGACGUGGAGGAGUGCGACGCAGCAGCUGCUGUACAGCUCUGGCCUUGGGAUUGGAUUAGUCGUCUGUUAUGGCAGCUACAAGCACUUCGCAUGGCCUGUGUCACCGACCAUCGUGAAGCUCAUCAUCAGUGACUUCCUCUUCAGCCUGCUGUCGGGUUGCGUGGCCUUGUCACUUAGCGGCCACGCCACCACCCUGUACGGCAUGGACCUCGAGGACAUCGUCGUCUCUGGGUAUGAGUACGCGUUCGUGGCGUACCCCGAAAGCGUCAAACAUUUCGGCCACGCGGAGCUGUGGUGCAUUGCUUUCUACCUGCUGCUCUGCAUCCUGGCAUUCAGCAGCGUGUUGUCCUACCUGGUGACAGCAAUGUCAGCCUUCGAGGACAUGUACCCGUCCUUAAGGGAGUGCCGGAUGCUGUUCAGCUUCGCAACCUGUGCUGUCCUAUUCUGCUGUUCCCUACCGACAGUUACCGGAGGAGGCCUGUACCUUCUCAACCUGAUUGAUGCCACCAUAUACCUCGACCUGCUGCCCUGGAUCGCUCUUGCAGAGGUCAUCCUUAUCGUCCAAGGAUACGGUACGGCCAGGUUGCGGCAGGACAUUCGAUUCAUGACAGAACAGUUUCCUAGUGCUUACUUCACCAUCUGCUGGAGCUACAUCUGUCCUCUGGCACUUAUGAUCGUGUCCCUGGGCACGGUGACGUCUAAGAGGACCGAGCUGUUCCACUACACAUACCCUGAAUGGAGCGGCAUGUUGACAUUGGCCAUCAUCCUCAGCUGUAUCUUCGCGGUUACGACGCAGAUACUACGCAUAUUAUCGGAGAACAAUAAUGACAUCUACGCAGCGCUGGAGCCUGAGGAAGACUACGGUCCAGCCGACGCCGAGACUCGGAUGCGCUACCAGGACGAGAUGGCUGCCCAAAACAUGCUGGUACCUUCAAACAGCUCACGUAGCAGGAAGAGCAUGGCGCUCACUUCCACAUCCGCCAACCCGUCCACCGCCCUGGGUGCCAGCGGGAUGGAAUGAGCCACGCCGGGAUCGGACGCUAUAGACUCGAGCCGCACGCUGACGCGUACUUGUUCGCAUAUAUACAUAUAUACAUGCGAACAGAAAGAUCUGCGAAACAUAAUUCGUGCUUUCAUUUAUCCCUUAAGAAAAUGCCUGCU